GCGGAAAAUAUCUUUUCCCAACCCCUCUUCUUGCUCGAGUUCAUCCUUCAGCCGCAGGCGGUUUGGCAGCGCUACUCCUCACCAAGAUACCCAACACCGCUACUCUCCCAGUCAAGGCUUCUACUAUACUUGACGUGAUAACUGAGUCAAUAGAAGACGAGCAGAAGAAGCUCUUCUCCAGUAGUCAAUUCUCUGCCUUCUGACUAGAAGUUUCUGGUUGCAAACUUCUCUAGUCCAUCAAAUGACCAGCUCUACAAAGAAUAAGAUAAUGGAAGACCCAAAUGAUGGGGAAGUAUUUCACAGAGUCUUCGAUCAACGAGAGGUAAAGAGAUGGGGUGAGAACAAGGUCAAGAAAAGCGGACCGGCCCUCCGUGAAUAUGAAGCAGCCACCUUGAAGUUUAUUGCUGAAAAGACGACCAUUCCAGUUCCCAAGGUGUAUGAUACCGACUGGCAAGACGGUAGGAUGACGGCUUUGUAUAUGGAGUACAUACCAGGUAAAACGCUCGAUAAAAUAUGGGACGAUCUGAAGAAGGAGCAAAAGGUUUCCAUCGCCAGGGAGCUUAAGGGGUACAUGGCUCAACUGCGCGACCUAAAGGGCACCUACAUCGGGGCUCUUGAUAGGGGCAAGGCAUUGAUUGGAAAGAAAAUGCCUCACGAAUGCGGCCCCUUUGAGACCGAGCGCGAGUUUAACAGUUACAUCAUGGAAGACAUUACCAGCACGACGCCCAAUAUGCUGCGAAGGUACGCAAGGCACGCCCUUUCUCACAACCACGAGAUUGUCUUUACUCAUGGCGACAUUGCUCCUCGCAACAUAAUCAUUGGCGAAGACAAAAAGGUUGCCGCCAUCAUCGACUGGGAAGAGUCGGGCUGGUAUCCGGAGCAUUGGGAAUACAUGAAGGCGUUUCAGUACCUUGAGCCCAUGAUGGACUGGCCGGAUUACCUGACCAUUAUCUUCCCACCCAAGUAUGAGAAGGAGUAUAUUGGCCAGUGUUUCUUGGAUAGUAUCGUGUAUCAUUGAGGAGGGUAAUGGGGUAGCUGGCGAGAUUUUGUUGAUAUUGGGAAUUUUCAGAUUGAUGAUGGAUGGCAAUGUAUGCAAAGAGUCGGACUAUAAGCCAGCUAUAUAUAUACCCAUUACGUGUCAAGUUGCCCAGUAUUUUGUCUCAUUUAAAGUCUCAUCAUUGUGUAUUUUGCAUUUCCAGAACGCAUACUCUAUCUUCUCUAUAUACUCUUUGCUUCAUUCCUAAAUCAGUC